UCGUCGAGAUAUCGACGAUAAAUCGAUUAUCGCUUCUAUAAGCUGUCUUAAACAAAAAUGUAUAAAUGCUACGAUAUAUAAACGAUGUUACGCACGAAGAAGUUAAUUUAUUCCGUAUUUGAGUAUUUACGUGUAAAAUAUUAAAGUAAAGAUCUCGUAAUAAAUAAUUCAAAUAACUACUAUGGUAAAGCUAUACGCAUUCGCUCGUCAGUUUGGUUAGGAUAAAAUCGAUGUUAGUCGUUAGUGACCACUUCAUCUGGAGUCAUGGCAGAAGUAAGACUUUAUGAUUCAACGAUUUGUAGAUUAUGUGCAGAAGAUAAUGGAAAUGGAGAAUUACUCUACACAGGAGACAAUGAUGAUCCAGAUUUGAGUUCCAUGGUGAAUCGGUAUUUGCCGCUCAAGAUCCGAGAUGAUGGCAAACUACCACGCACUAUCUGUCCCGGUUGUAAUAUACAAUUGGAGGCAACAAUUCAGUUCUUUGAGUUGUUGGUGGAUGGUCAAAGAAAAAUUCGUGAGAUGUGGAAGCAUCAGGUAGAACAGCAACGUAAGGUUGCACGGGAACGAUUUCGUGCUGGAAAAGAAACUUCAGAAAUAGUAGCAACUGCAUCAGAGUUAGAUAACAUUUCACAAUAUAAUGAAAAAGAUCAAUUCGAGCAACAAAUUAUAAUAAAAAUAAUGCCAGAUGGUUCUAUGUAUGCUGCAGAGCAUGAAAUGAGUUUACAAAUGGAAGGAUUAAACAAGCCAAAACGAAAGAGAGGACGACCGCCGAAAACUCAUAUAGAAAAUAUACCUAUGGAAUUAGCGAAAGGAGAAGCGGUUGAAGGUGGAAGUCAAGAGGAAGAAGAUAAACAAGAAGAAGAAGUAGAUGAAAUGGAUGGAGAUGGAAGGCGCCGUAGGAAGCGUAAGGUUCCUAAAAGAUAUAUGGAAGCAGUUCAAGGCAAAGAACUAGAAAGAAUAUAUAAGGAAGAAGGAGUAAUCGACGAAGAAGAUGAUGAAGAACCUGAUAACUUUGAAGAUGCUGAAGAACAGUUGAACAUGUCUGUCCCUGAUAGUCAAGAAGAAAUAAUUGGUCACUUGGAAUCUGAAGAAGGAAAAGACUUAGGAGAGUUAGUAAUAGUGAACCGAGGAAGAGGCAGAGGUAGACCAAAAGUACGUCGUAGAAGAAAUAAAUUUACGUGUCAACUCUGUGGCCGAGGCUUUUUACAACGCAGCAGAUAUAUUAUACACAAGAGUUUCCAUAAAGGAAUAAAAUAUGAAUGUACAGAAUGUAAAAAAUUAUUCACAAGUAAGGACAAUUUGAGCUUGCAUCAGAAAACAAGUCAUCAUGCAGAAGAUAGUAAUGCUCAGAUCAUUGAACAUAGUGUCCAAGAUUUUAACUCCAAAUUGAAACAUUCUUUAUCCGAAGAGGAUCAUAGAGUUACAGAUAUUCUCGAACCUACUUCAUCAGAAGAAACAAAUAUAAAUAAGCUAUCGGAUGUAUCUGAUCACCCUCAAAAGACUUUUUCAUGCGAACAGUGUGACAAAUGCUUUGAAAAUAUGCAAGCUUAUGACUCGCACGUAAAAACGGUUCACCAGUGUGAAAAAUUAUUUCGUUGUACUAUUUGUAAUAAGAAUUUUACGCAACAAUUAGCUUUAAAGGCUCACAUGUCGAUACAUGAAAAAAAUAAGCUGGAAAAAGAAUAUCCUUGCGAUAUUUGUGGAAAAGUUCUCAAUCAUCCCAGUUCAGUAGUUUACCAUAAAGAAGCAGAACACAAUAAUGGUCGCCGCUUCGUUUGUAACAAAUGUGGAAAGAGCUUUAAGCACAAACAGUUAUUGCAACGUCAUCAGCUGGUACAUUCUGACGAUCGACCAUACAUUUGUAAAUCUUGCAAUGCUAGUUUUAAAACGAAAGCGAAUUUGAUUAACCAUCAGUCUACGCAUACUGGUGAAAAGAAAUAUUUCUGUGAAAUUUGUGGACAACAAUUCGCUCACAAAACCAGUCUUACACUGCAUUACAGGUGGCAUACGGGUCAUAAACCAUAUACAUGUGAAGUAUGUCAUAAAAGUUUUUCACAAAACGGAAAUCUACAAGAGCAUAUGCGAAUACAUACAGGAGAAAAACCUUUUUGCUGCGAUUAUUGCGGAAGAAAAUUUACAACUUCUUCGCAAUUUAAACUUCACGUUAAACGACACACUGGCGAGCGUCCAUGGAAGUGUGAAUUUUGUGCAAAGUGUUUCCUACAUAAAGACACCUGGAAGUGUCAUGUACGUAGACAUAAAGGAGAACGUCCUUUUCAGUGUGCUCAUUGCAAUCGCGGUUUCACGGAACAGUGGGCUUUAAAGAAACAUCUACGUCUUCAUACUGGAGAAAAACCGUAUUCCUGUGAUGUAUGUGGUAAAGCUUUCGCUGAUUGUUCAAAUUUAACAAAGCACAAGAAGGUGCACAAAGAGACAAAAAUUUCCGCUAUUGGUGAAGUUGAAGGAUCUCCAAUUGGAGAAGUGUGGCAAAUCUUACCAAGUUCUCAGGAAUCUGAUGAACAUUCGUUGACCGAUCAAAUGGCUCAAGUUAUCGCAACAGACGAUGCAUCAGGUGAUGGAAUUCAACAAAUCAUUUACGUGUCGUAUCAAGAUCCAGAUGAUCCCAAUCAAUCUCGGACUUUACAUUUCGUCGAUGCCGGAAUGAUAAGAAAUAAAGAAGAAAAGGCAAACGCGAAUCAGUCGUUACCUAGUAUAAAUGUUGAAAACAGUGGAAUACUUUCGAAUACUUCUCAUAAUAAUGGCAGUAACAAUUCCAACGAACGAAUGAACGUAGAACUUUCAGAAUCCGACCUUCAAUUACAGAUUACAGAUGAAGAAGGUAAUCCAAUUCCCCUUUCAAUUCAAGAUGCCCGGCAACUUUUAUCUCAGAGUCAGUUUGUGAAUCAACUUAAUAACGGUCAAGAAAUUAGAGUUCAUCCUGGAGUAAUCGCAGAUGAAUUAGCAGCACCGUUAAGCGUUCAUGUCAAUCAAGAUUCUGACAUGAAGAGCGUUAACAUUGCGAGCACCGAAGAAGUAAAAAUAAAAAAUAUUUCAAGUGUACAAACUGAUGCAGAAGCAAUUGUAAAAGCAUUAGAGGAUGAAAAUACGGAUGCAAAUGCAGUUGCAACAAUUAAUCAUAUGGAAGAAUCGGAGCAAUCAGGUAUCACCGAAAAUGAACAAGCAAUCGAAUUCACGACACAAGAUGGUCAGAAAGUCCGUUUAGUUACUUCCUAUCACGUUGAUCCGAUACAGCUCGCCUCCGAAUAUCUGACUAUUGUAUAAAAUUUGAAAAUUGUACAUCCACAUAAAUUAUUUUCUUCAAUAUUUCAUGUUUAGUUUUCAUGAGUAUUGUCGUUUACAUAGAUUUAAGAGGUAAAUUAAUUGUAAAGGAAUACGGUUUCACUUUAAAAAUUGUAGAAUAUAAAUAGUA